UGUUUCAACAGCGUCCAAUAAAACAAAGAGCAUUUCCUCGUCUCUCUCUCAGAAGCGAGAACCCCCGAAGAAACCAAAAGAAAUGGCGGAUGAGCUAACGGACGAACAGAUCUCCGAGUUCAAGGAAGCUUUUAGCCUCUUCGACAAGGAUGGCGAUGGUUGCAUCACUACCAAGGAGCUGGGAACAGUGAUGAGGUCUCUAGGACAGAACCCAACAGAAGCCGAGCUACAGGACAUGAUCAACGAGGUGGACGCGGACGGCAACGGCACCAUUGACUUCCCUGAGUUCCUUAACCUCAUGGCUAAAAAGAUGAAAGACACAGACUCGGAGGAAGAGCUCAAAGAAGCUUUCAGGGUGUUCGACAAAGACCAGAACGGGUUCAUAUCCGCUGCAGAGCUCCGCCAUGUCAUGACGAAUCUAGGUGAGAAACUGACUGAUGAAGAAGUUGAUGAGAUGGUCCGUGAAGCUGAUGUUGAUGGAGAUGGUCAGAUAAACUACGAGGAGUUUGUCAAGAUUAUGAUGGCUAAGUGAUGUAUAUAUAUAUAUGGUAAGGUAAGGUAAGAAGAAACUAAAAGAUGGUGGUGAUAUAACCUUUUAUUAUCUAGAACAAAAAAGAUCGAUCUGUCGAGCUUAGUAGUUUUCAAAGUUUUAACAAACUUUGUUGUUAACGAAUAUCUUUUUAUUUUGUGGGUUUUUUUUC